UUGUUUCAGUUUUGAAACCCCGCCGCCAAGCUGUCUACCGCAAAUGAGAUUAAAGCCAUUUACCACGUGGAUGCGCUAAUAGGUCGGUGGCGCACGAGCCCGAUGAGCGCGUGCGCAGCGGCCGCCAUGCGCGAAAAGCACGCGGCGCCGCGCCGCCUCGCCUCCCCGCCCACCUCGCCGCACGAUCAUGUCUCCAGCCCUCUCGGCUCGCCGCGCGCCGACGAGCCACUCGACCUCAGGGUCACCCACAAGCGCCCGCAGCGUCUCGAAGAUGAGAACUGCAACCUCAUCACGCCCUCGCCGCCGCCGCACCCUACGCACCCAGCUCACCCGGCCCAUCCGGCCCUGCUGCAGUUCUGCCGACGGUUGCCUCUGGCGCUGCCGGCACCUUUCGGCCGCUACCCGUUCUUGCCGGCUGCAGCGGCGACCCUGCUCGCCCCGGGCGCUCCUCGUGCACCACCAGUACCCCCCAGCCCCGGUGCGCCGAGAGCACGGGAUCGCUACACGUGCUCGUACUGCGGAAAAGCAUUUCCGCGCAGCGCUAAUCUAACUCGGCACCUAAGAACGCAUACCGGGGAACAGCCGUACCGCUGCAAAUACUGUGAACGCUCGUUCUCAAUAUCGUCCAACCUACAGCGGCAUGUAAGAAAUAUCCAUAAUAAGGAACGACCAUUUAGAUGUCGUCACUGCGACCGCUGCUUUGGACAGCAAACGAAUCUCGACAGGCAUCUUAAAAAGCACGAAGCGGAAAAUGGCGACGAUAACCGUCGGAGAUCACCUGACGAGACGUACUUUGAGGAGAUCAGGUCAUUUAUGGGACGAGUGGCCCCGGCGCGUCGCGUCGCCGCCGCUGCCAACGCCGCCGACCACACCUGAUAGUGGACCAACAUCAUCCACCUUAUACUAUAAUCUGGUCGAAACAUCCAAAUGACUCUUGUGUAGACUUUACUGAACUUUUGUUGGUGUGUGUGUUGUAUCUCAAUCAAAGUUCCAGUGUCUUCAAGCUAGACUUGAAGGGUUGUAAAUUAUAAUAUUACGACAAAGCAAAUAGAUGCUCUCAAACAUGAAAUGUUUUAAACAGCUCUCUAAGACAUCUGACUAACUUUAUUAAGACAGUAAGCUAAAGCAUACAAUAAUUUUCAGCGCUUUGCUUCGAGUUAUUCUCAUAAAUUAUCACAUGAUUGUUACCUAUUUUAUUGACGUAAUUCCGAACAUCGCAGUAAGUUGUAACUUGGUUUCUGGGUAGCAACUGGCCUCUAUGUAGGCUUAGAUUAUACUCCGAAGUGAUAUCGCGUCGUGUAGGUAGUGUUGUAAAUAGUGUGGAGCUCUCGUUGAAAGUAAUUUAGUGUCCUUACCGAAUCAAUUUACCGGUAGAGUUAUAGGUAUUACAAACCCGCACUAGAUGUACGUAUAAAUAAUUGCUCUUGUCGUGAAAGACAUUAAAUAGGUAUUUUGCCUAAUAAUUUUAAGGCUCCAGAGUGUUCGCUAUAUUUUAAUAACAAUUUAUUGAUACAAAUAUAUGUAUAGUUAUUGUCUGAAUGUAUGUAAGAAUCUUGUUAGUGUUUUUUGUAAAUUUUGCUUUAGUCGUUAUAAGGUAAUUAGUAUUAUUAGUCUGAGAGGAAACGCCGGUUACCAAUAAAAUUAUAACUUGUUGUUUAUUAAAGAUAUAAAUAUUUUUAUAAAAUGUUAGAAAAGUUAUUAAAAAUUAUCUAAUACCUGGGAAUUUUAUAUACUUACUACUGCGGUUGCGUAAAUUAUUUAAUCCAGGGUUCACCGAAUCCUUCGUUAAGUUUCACUAUUACGCGAAUUAUAAGCAUAUUUUGAGAUUGUAAAUUAAGAAUUUAUCAAAAAGAGAUUAUACAGCAUUCGAAGAAAAUUAUUUAGGUAUUCUCUCCAAAUUAAGAUUAAGAUUAUAAAUCUGUGAUUUAAUUGUUAUCUUUUGAGCUAAAAUUGGGACAAGAUAAUCAUGUUUUCUCACACACCAUAAAACAUUAUGGACGCAGUUUCUCAAAGAACUAAUCUAAACGUUCCUUUAAGUAGGUAUAGAUAGAUCUCUAUUAUUGUUACGAGUAUAAAGUUGGCUAGAUAUGCCUUUACUGCCUUGUCAAUCUCACUGAACGACUAAAUAUAAUAUUAUUUAUAUGCAUUUGACAUUUGUUAUUACUGAGAUGUUUAUAAUGCUAGUUAGUUCUUUCCCUUUCAAAGAAGUUGGGAUACUCUCAAACAUGACCGUAGAUCACUCAAUAAAAACAUAACAUUGAUAUUUUGUAGAUGUUUUAAUUUUACGACAGAAAGUCUUUAUUUUGAAGAGUGUACACGGUAAUUGUACGACUUAAUACACCAUUUCGAUUUCAUCGCCUGACAUCCAGUUGACGAAAUCGACGACUGUCGACCAUGUAGAUAUAAUUAUCAUUAGUCAUUCUAAAGUCUUUUCACUAACUUAAAAAAUACAAUUUACGUCCUUUUAAAAUUUAGAGAUAUGAAUUACUAAAGCAUUGAGCUUUUAAGGCUCACUCGUCAUUUCUCAUCAUGUGGGACUUUUUGUGGCUUUCCAUCAGAGAAUUGUCCUUACGCUUCAUGCAACAAGGACCCUUUUUCUUUUUAUCAAAAUUCCUGUUGGAAUUUCAGAUAAAAAGGGCCUUAUUGCACUUGAAGCAUAGGGACCCUUCUGUGUGAAAAGCCUCAUUUGAGGUUAACCCUGUCAGCUUUUUAAUUGAAAGAAACGUUGUGUUUGACAGAAUCCCAAAAUUAUUUAUCCGACUGAGGUUACCUUUUUAACUUUGUACAACGUAUCACAAUUUGUCGUGCCUUAAUCCGAUAGUAUACUCGUACCAAAUGUCUUACAUUCUGAAAUAUUCUAUUUAACUUAUCACUAGGAUGUGCUAAGAGAUAGCGAUAUAUGUUGAUGUCAUUUUGUACUUUUGAUACCUACCUAUUAGUCGUUCAAAGGUCACCGAUUACCUUGUCAAAAUGAAAUAAAUAGUUAUAAAAAUAA